CGGCCUACGUAAAAUCGAAACCACUUUAUUUUCCAUUUCAUCGCACCUGUUGCCUAAAAAUGAAUAUCGAUUAUUUUACGCGUAGUGAUUAAUUUGCAAACCAGUAAACGUACGGAUCAAGUAGGAAGAUGUUGGAGAAUGACGAAAAGAUUCCAGAUGUUCACAAAGAAAAGAAGGAAAUGAGUCUCAAGGAAAAAAUUGACUACUUUGAUAGAGAAAUUCGUCUGCUUCACCAGUUUUGCAUCAAUUCUGGAUACAGCAAGAAGGAAAUUCGACAGUCGGCGGAGCCUUUCCUUCUCGCCACUGACUCUCUGGCGUGGCAGAAGACGAAAAGGAAACUGAUACUUGUUGGUGUACUUAUAGCCGUCAUUGCUGCAUUGUAUUAUUGCGAUCCAACGUACAGGUUUAUCUUGGCUGUCAGCAGAAUCACAGCUAUAAAGCUGAUUCCUGUGUGGGAUUGGACCAAGGUUCACCAGUGGGAGUGUAUGGUUGACAACCCCCUGUAUGCUGGAGUGACUCUUACAGAAGAAGACUGUGAUAUCUGUAAAGAUCUUGAGACCGUGGAAAGAGUUACUAAUUUAAGUGGGACAGAUUUCCAUGACAACUAUCUAAAGCCGGAGCUUCCAGUAAUUGUAGAGGAUGGAACAAAAGACUGGGCAAAAGAAAAACUACAGACAAACAUUGAGACUCUUUACAAGGCCUACAAAGAGAACAAUGCUCUUCACAGAAACCCAGUCUGUGGCUUCCACACUGAUACAAAAUACAACAACCUUCAGUUAUUUCUACAUCAAAUUGUUACCUCAGAUACACAGUCCUACACAGCAGAUUGGGAAAACUGCAUAAAAGAAGGGGCGAAAGCCUUUCGGAGCUUCUACCAGAGGCCUUACUUCUUGCCCCAGACAGUGGAUAUUUCUGAUUCUAAUUGGGUUUUUGUCUCCAAAGGAUCAGUAGAACACCAUUAUGAUGUCCCACUUUCCAAUCCUUUCCUGAUGUUAAUACCCUUGAAGGGUCAGUUUGAGAUAGCUCUUUCUCCAAGAGAACCUUGUUCCAAAGUUUGUGUGGAUGUAACUGCUGACUUGCAUGGAGGAGAAAUUAUGAUUGUAAACAUGGCUGACUUGCUCUGGUUUAAAUCCUAUCGCCCCACUGGGUCAGGAGAAAAUAUUUUGAUUGGGGUUGGAGGAUCAUAUGAAUGAUUUUCAACCGAGAGUCAACACAACAUAUUCAAAGAGAUCAUUGAAAUCCUGUACAUCUACCAUUAAAUCAAAAUAAAGGGAAAAAGAUUAAA